GGUAGAUAAAUAUUGAUAAUUGGAUGUCUAGCAACACUAAAUUAGAAAAAUGGCGUUCUGUACAGCUGCGGGUUGCGCAAUUUUGAUGUAAAAGUGCAUGAAAUUCGUAGUCAAGUCUAAGUUUUAAGUGCAAAAUAUAAUCUAGACAGUGGAUAUGUUAAUCAUACGUAAUUUGUAGUGUUAAAAUCGUGUAGCAUUUGAAGUAUUUUUCGAUAGUGGAAUCCUGUCAUGGACCGUGUAUUUUUUGUGUUGUGAUGUAUGAAAACGAUAAAUAAUGAAACGGAAAAUAAUGCGGCUGUGCAAAUAAUGUAACAAUGAUGGGUGUGUUAUGGGUGGUUUUAUUGGUGGCCUUGACCGGCUCCCACUUGGGCUGUGGAUCGCCUCUGAGAUCGACGCCGCAGACGUACCCUCACGAUCCAAACAUCCCCACAUCUAUAGAAGGAUGGGAAUCACAGAGUGGUUGGUAUGCGGCUGUACCAGCAACGGCGCUGGUCAUCACUGCAGUGGGGCUCCUCAUUGGCUGCACUUGGUGUUAUAGGCAUAAAGAUUGCAAGCCUAACGAAGGAGCCGACAAUCAGUUGUUCACGGCGAGCGCAACUCACCUUCACGAUGGUCGUCGCUCCCAUCCACCCGAUUCCGGAUUCUCUGAACCCGUUAACAACAACAUCAGCGAGGACAACAAUAACGGGCCGAUAUCCCUACGUGAAAUGCAGAACAUCGCCAAUAACAAUGCAGCAGCGUACAUAGUUAGCGAAAACGAAGAACGGAAUAGAGUCAGCCGAGAAUCUGUUGUGGAGUUCGAACCACUGCCCAGUGGUAUUCGUGUUGCUGAUCCUUUGGAACAUUGCGCUGAUUGGUUCGGUAGCGAAGAUUUCCCGAGAAAUGGACUUCAGUACUUGCGCGAAAUUGGUCGAGGAUGGUUUGGAAGGGUGGUGGAAGGUGAAAUCGAAGAUGAAGGUUCAACAUCUACGGUAGCCGUAAAGAUCCUUAACCAGAACGCAAGUCUAGAGGACAAAGCGCGUUUUCUAGAUGAAGCCAAAAUGUACCGCGAUGUUACACACGAGAACACACUAACAUUCAUUACGAAAUGCCUUCAGGAAGACCCGUGGAUUCUUAUAUUCGAGCUGUGCUCGAUGGAUCUCCAACAGUACCUUACGGUAAACCGUCCCAAAAUGGCCAUACUCAACGAGAACGGUGUACCUUUGCAGCUAAUGUGUGAUAUCUCCUCAGCGCUCACUUAUUUACACUCCAGGGGUUACUUGUACGGAAACCUAUGCAGCGGCAACGUCCUAGUACGAAACGCGGCCACGGCGGAAAACGCUCGCGGUGUGCUAGGCAACUAUACCAUAGCUGAAUCGCCAGAGUUCGCGGCGCCUGAGACACGACGGCAUCCUCCUGUGUAUACGUCUGCUAGUGAAGUAUGGUCACUAGGCACACUGAUCUGGGAAAUAUGUGCCUGGGGCGCCCCAGUACCUGUCCACGUACCAUCGCCGCCAGACUUGCCAUGUGUCUAUAGAAGCCACUUGUACCAAGUAAUGCAGCUAUGUUGGAAUCCCGACGGCGAAGAAAGACCCACGGCAGGACAGGUUCUUGCAUUAAUCAACCACCUGCAAUCAACCCAUGCAGGCGCACAUGCAGCGACAGAGGCCGGACCAGCAAGCAGUGACUUUGAGGAGCGCUGGCAGCGCCUCAAGCCUAACUCCAUCCCCAAACUGGAUGAACAUGUAGCAAUUGUCCACGCUCCUUCCACGUCCAUGGCCUCACACUUCACGGGCUCUGACCAGGAUUUAGAUCCUGCAGUAGGGACUCACGACACGCUCAGUGUCGAUAUGGAUACUGGAGUCUCUCGCUCCAGUAGCAUCAUGUCCGAUAAGGACCCUCUAUCUGUCCAGAUCAAAUCAGAAAGCCUUACAAAUCUCCAUGGCUCAUUAGAAGACGUCCGUAACAUUUACCUAACGCAUAACGAGACAGCAGUUCUCGAGUGUCACCAGGGCAACAUUAGUUACGAAGACAGAGAUAGAGAUCACGAUCGCUCUGAUAGCUCUGUGGACCCAUGGUUGAAAGAUAUUAUUGCAGGCAGUCAAGAUGAUGUGAGCUACUAUAAAGACGUAAGCGACGUCAUUAAAAACCUCGAUAAUAUCUUGAACUCUGAAAAGACAUCAAGCUCUGAGUCGAGCCACCAAGCCAGUCCGUCACGAGAUAAUCUCAGUUUAGAUUGCAAGAAAGAUUAUCCUAUUCAGUCCAGUAUGGUAAAGUCACCUGGAAUAAGCAAUUUCCAACAUAUUCUAGGAACUGGAUAUGAUGCCUCAACAGACACUCAGCUUAUCGAUGAUGAUGAGGUCGACAGAGACACUAUUGGUACCCUUAGCCACUCAUUUGAACGCCAUAGUGACACUACCAGCCAACACACUUUAGAAAAUUUGACUCCAAACACGCCAAUUAAAGACAUGGAUACUAUACAUAAUUUUGAGAGUCAAAUAGAAGCCGAACGCAGAGAAAAAGAAGGUAUAGAUGAAGUUAAAGAACCUUUGCGUGAAAAUACAGAAUUGCCAAAAGAUAAAAUAGAAUAUAGUAAUAGUAAAUUACCUAAUUUGAAGGAUCUUUGUGUAGUCUCAUGUAGUGUAAGUGCAACAAAUGAACAAUUGAAUGUAAGACAAGACUGUGAACCAUCGUGUGAUAGUAAAUUAGAAGAAAUCGUAAGGACUGAAGAAGUGAAAACUAAGUCAAUAGAUAGUACUGUUCCACAUACUGAUAAAGAACCUGCAAUACUAGUAAGUGAAAAUAACUUAACAAAAGAAUUUACACAAGAACUCACGCCAAGCAACAUAGAAAAUGUUAAUCAAAAUGAACAUACAGCAAAUGCUAUGGAAAAUGUGACCUUGCCUAUAAAUGUUGAAGUCAAUGAGAUUGCUAAAAAUUUAGUGGAAAAUUAUGUCAUUCAACCAGCAAUCGUCAUUGUUUCUAAGAUGAUUCAAGAACGCGUACAUGCUGAGCAAAAUAAAAUGGAAGAUGAUAUGCAAAAUAAUAGUGAAAGUGCAAACAAUGCAAGUGAUGAUGCAAUUUUACCACCUAGUGAUCUCAUUAACACAGUAGGUAAAGAAGUCGAAACACACGAACAUUCUGCAAUGUUUACUAAUCUGCCAACUGAAGUGAAAAUCGAUAAAAUAAAUGAAUUAGUGAACGACGCAGAACCUUUUCGCAUGACGCAAACCGAGACACCUGAACUCGUACAAAAUUUAGAAGAGUCUAAUCUUAAAAAUGUUACUCAAGACGAAACAAAAACGUUUGACUUCAUUGCUACAUACAAAGAAAGUUCGGACCCAGUGUUGCCAUCUCAAAUAGUACAAAUCGCUGCAGAAAAUGCUAAAAUAUCAGUAAAUGAAUUAGAAGAAGUAAAAGUCAAUAAAAUCAAUGAAAGUUUUUUUAGAUCUGAUAAUGUUAGCGAAAUACCUGAACUCCCGCAGGAGAACGACAGCACCGUAUAUAUGGAUCUCAUUAAUGAUAAUAAUAUAAACGCUAAUCGUAGUGAAAUGCUCUUAAACAGCACUUUAGAUAAUAAUGUUAGAGAUGUCAUACAAUCUCACUUAGAAACAGCUAACAUUGAAAAUACUGGUUCAGUAUUAGACGACUCCACUGUGUACUUAGACUUGCCAAGUAUGGUAAAAGAAACAAACGAGUUUUUGCACGCAGAAAGAGUGUUAAGUAGCAAAGAUGAGGAUUGCAAGGAUAAUAUUUGUGCCAGUACUCCGAAGGGAAGUGAGAGUUCUGUGGAAAAUACCCUAGAAUGUCCCAGAAAACUUGAUGAGAAUUUGUCUGAUACGAAGAUGCCCAAUGAUCCAAGUAUAACUGUAUUUAAACAAGAACAAAAGUUUGUACAGGAUCAUACAUUGAGCCCAUUUGAGUCGCCAACAAAAAGUCACCCUACUGAUACGUACGACGAAAAUAGCUCUGUGCUACUGGGUCCAUUUGAGAACUGUUCAUCGGAAGUUUUAAAAGGAAUGGAGUUUCAUAUGAAAUCAGAUAUUGACAUACCAAAAGAAGAAAUAUUGGCUUUUUCUUCAAAUUUCAAUGAGAUAAAUCUGGAAACACCUUCACCUCUGCGUGAUGGUAACUUUUUGAAUGAAGUACCAGACAUAAAUCCCGAUGAUUUGGCAUUCGAAGAUGUUACAAUAAGUGAUGAGAAAGUUGAGAAAUCGGAACCAAAAACUGACAACACGGAUGAAACUGACCAAUCACUGACUACUAAACACGUAUCUCCGUCAACACCGCCUAAUUCUCCUGGAGUUUACUUGGCGUCGACAUCCCAGCAGAAAUAUUUAGUUGAUAUCGAUUUCGAUGCUCAUGAACUUCCCCCUAUGGAGACCGAUUCUGGCCUGAGCUCUUUACAAAAAGAGAUAGACUUAAACCAGAUCGAGUUACAAAUAACAUCAAAACUUGCAAUGGCAGAGAAUGAAAACAAUAUGAAUAUAGAAUAUUUGGGGCCUUUGACCAUAGAAGGUUUAGUUUCUGGGGACGAUAUCAUAUUGCGAGACAGUGAAGCAACGCCUGAUAUAUUUCUAGCGGGUAAUGGUGGGUCAAUUGAAGAUCUUGGAAAUAAAUUCUCAUUGGAUGAAGAGUGUGUGAAAGCGUUGAGAAACGAGCUGGAAUUGAAAUUACCAUUGGCGCAGGUAGCAUCAAUAGAACCAGCCGAAGACCCGGAGUGGUCAGAACUACCGCCGCCACCGGAAUUGGUGGUCAGUUACUGCGGAGCGCCCGGUGCACUUAGCCCCAUCGCUGAGGAGACUCGCCACCAACUCAGUGCUUACGAAAAUGAUGCUUGGAACCCAUCAACGCGUACGGAUUCCUCUGAAUCAUAUCCGGAACCUUGCAACAAUUCGACCGAUGAAGUGACGGAUCUGCCUACCGCACCGGACGGACCGGAUGCACCUCCCUCGCCUACUUCGCGAGACCAUUCUACUUACACGAUAUACUCAAAACAUAACACUUACACAAUACAGAAGGAUAUACCUAGCAGUAAAGAAUUCUCAAUGAGUGCGGACAGCCUCAACGGCAGCCCUUGCAAGAAACCUUCUUCAAACGAAGCGCAGUCACCAGUCAACGACAAAACAUAUACAAAGGACGAUAAAGAAUCAAACUUGGAGAGAAUCUCCCAAGUGUCGCCCUUUCUUUUAAGCCCUACCACAGAUGCGUCUGCACCAGGCGACUCCGACAAUGCUACACGUGUCUCCACACUGUCGAGAACUACGGCACCUACCGACGCCAAACAUUCGAAACCUUCCGAUUGUUUAUCAAAAGCUACUAGCAUCGACUCCUGGUGCUCUAACGAUACUCUAUACAACGUCGAAGAAAAUUUUGACGAUCUGGCUUUGGAUCCUGAUAUACCACUCAGGUAUGAAGACAAAGAAGACCACAGCGACAAUACCGAUACUCUUACGCACCAUGAUAACGAUAGGGACGCUAGUCGUUGCUCUACUUACAUCAUCCAUGACAGCAAAUCCGAACCUUGCGAAACGUUUACACCCGAUUCUAUCACCGCUAACGACAAUUAUACAUAUACAAAAGUUAAAACAGAAGCGACGGGAGCGACUUCAAUUGGCAAUACUCAGACUAAAGAUUUAGCAUAUGGUACUUUGCCGUCUUAUUCUAAUUGCUCAACUGAAUAUGCGUCAGGUAUUCCUUCUGCUGAUGACCCAUGGAAAAUCGCCCAACCUGAACUGAUUCGAAGGUCCUUUCAAGACAAUGAAGUAAGCUUAACUCCUCCUAAACACACCGAGGUCAAAGACAAAAUGGAAAUAAUCACUCCUCAAAUUGCAUCAGAACCAUGUUUUAAGAAAAUGGACAGUGUCGAAUUAUCAUAUUUGCGAGACGACUUGACUUCUGUUCAGAAUAAAACUGAUGAUUCUAUAGAACAGGGUACGUUGAUUGAUUUAGAUGACAUUCCAAGGCGUAACUUUAGGAAUGAUUUAUUUCCUUCAUUCACGAGCACCCCUCUAGUAGAACCCAAUGCGGAUGAUGACAACGUUGAGCAUGUUCCUAUAAAAUUACCUGAUGAGGAGAUGCAUAGUUCAGAAUUCACUACGUCCAAUAUUCCCAACUCCCAAGUAUUUCUCCAAUCUGCUGAAAUCAGGCCACAGGGUGUUUUGUCUAAUUGUAAUGGCGAAAAUGUGAGCAUUACCCAAGACACCGGACUUUUAUUAGAAGCAGAUAGCAAGAUCUUGAAUAGCAACUACGAUGGGCCAAAUGUAAUUGAACGGACACCUCUAUACACAGAUUUCGAAACACUAGCAGCUGCGAGAUCACAAGAAGUUAAUUCUAAAUCUAGUCAAAGUUUGGAAAGUGGAAUGAGCUCUGGUGAUUUCGGACAGUUCGAAAGCUCUGUAAGGGCCCGUGCUCAGGAUUUGUCAUCGGUAAUUGAUGCUAGUUCCUUACUAUUAAACAGUGAGCGACAAUCAUACGAUAUUCGAAGCGAUCCGGUCGAAAGUAGUACGACUAGAGUACCGGAAAACGUAAUUACACAGCCAUCUGAUUCUAUAAGUGAUGUUAGUAAUUUUGAUCCAACUGCAGCUGAAACAACGCCUUCACAUUCUGAUUUGGAAAGCUCAACGGUCAGUAAACUCCUAGGUACCCAUUUAAAAUCUAUUCUGAGUGACGACAGUGUUCCGAGUUCGGGGGACUUUCGGCUGUUUGAGAACUCUGUGAAAGGUUGUCCACAGGACUUGUCGUCUCCAGCGGAUAGUAAACUAUUUACUGAUAAUAAAGUUAAUGAAACAGUAAGUUCUAAUGGAGAAUACUCCCGACCAAUUAUAAACGAAACUGUAACGUUUGCGCCCAAUAUUACAAACGUAAAUGAAUCUCAAAUAGUUCAAAAUACCCCACUUGGUACAUUUCUAACAAGUUUAGACGUUGAUGAUGAAAAUGAGCAACCACAUUCGUUUAUAAUCACCGAGGUUCACAGAGAAUCUCCUAAAGAAACACCUAUAAAGCCGUAUGAAAUUACAACUCUAUCAAAUGCAUUAAUUGGUCUUCGUAAUGAUUUAUCUGAAAAUAAAAAUCUGAAAACAACAUGUAAUUUUCAUGAGGAACAUCCAAUUUCUUCUUUCGGUUCAGAUAUUUGCUCUCCCGAGGUACUAACUACAGACCGAGACCGUAAACUAAAUGGUAUUGAAGGACCAAAUGAUUACGUAAAGGAAGAAGAACCCGUGUCUACUAAAAAUCAAGGCAUUGAAAAUCUAGACGCAUCUCAAACACAAAACACGCACGAAGAAAUAAAUGGGUCUAUAGAACAUAAAGUCACUGAAUGCAACGGAAGCGAAAAAUUUGCAACAGUGAAUUUUAUAACAGAACCGUUUGAAGAACUCCUUGAAAGUAACGUCGAUGGAGGGUCAAAAGAAAAAGAUACGAAUGCUAGUCAAGAUAAGACUCAAAAUGAAUCUCGUGAAGAUAAGACGUUAAAUAGUUUUGAACAGGAGCAAAAUGCAGUUCAGCUUAAGCACCUAGAAAACCAUGAAGUUAAUGGAGUAGAGGAAGAAAAGGUGACAUCAGUUACAGAGAAUUUCUUGCAGAAUGAAAAGAAGUUCUGCCAGAUGGAUAACUAUCUCCCGUUACUCCACGAUAUUCGAUUCACUGGUCCAGGAUCAGAAAUAAUGAGUACCUCUUUCACGCAAGAUUCGCCUACCGAUCCUAACUCCCCUGAGUGCGAGCAAGACAGCAAACCAGACACAGCUGCAGAUAUCGCGAAAGAGUGGGAUAGCGAUAGCGAUUCUCAGACCAGUAAUUCUUCCAGCGGCGAGUUUAUAUGGAAGGACGGGGAGGGCCACGAGACGGCAGUCGUGCCCACUACGCACUUCGAUCACCAUGGUGUAAUGCAGCGCGGCGGCGGGGGCGCGCAGACGCGCGGGACGCGCGAGGGUGACGCCAGCCCCGGCGCCUCCGACGCUUCCGGCUCAGGUGACUCUGGAUCAGGGUCCGAGGGUGAUGAAGUGGAGUUCGUCCCUUCUUCAUGGGACUGUUUAGCCGCCCCUUCUAAGUCUUCGCUGCGCAGUCUUGAGCAAGCACCACCCGACAGCAAGAAGCGCGUAGUGUUCAAACGGCAGAAGUAUCACUGCGUGUACGAGUAUCCACGCGAAGUAGCCGACAUCGACACGCACUCGCCCGCGUACCUGCCCGAUCUUUCCACUUACUGCGACUGGGAUCCAACGAGCGCCGAGGAAGCGGAAUUAGGGUACGGACAGCUGUUCGGGGGACCCAGUCCACUUGAUUUGUACCCCUUACGCGCUGGCAUCGCUUUUGGAGCAGAUUAUGAUGAAGACUUCUUCAUAUCAUCAUCGGCCCGCCCGUUUGAGAGCCUCGGCAUCAUGUCCACGACCAGCCAGUUCUUCCCCGGCAAACACAUCAAACCAUCGCUAUUGGAGGGAGAUAUCGACACUGAGGAACAUUUCCCGCCUCCUCCUUCACCCCUCGCAACGCCCUCUGUGCCCUCCCUCACGCAAACCCGAACACCAUCUCUGGACUUCACAACCCCAGAUUCGGGCGUGGAAGACAUAACACCCGGUUCAACGACAACAGAAGAAGAUUUCAAAACAAAGAAGUUACCAGAAAGCGAGACUCAAUGUUGGCGGGGAGUCGACAGCGGCAGUUCCAGUGAAUCUGUAAGUCCCAGUUCACCAGGCGGAGAAGCGUUGGGUGGAUUGCGGCAUACUCGGGAUAAACUGAAGCUGGAUUUACCCCCGUCGCCACAUAUUCCGUCACCAAGACACGCGCGAGUAUUCAACUUUGUCCUGGAUAAACCCCGCCGCCGCCACCCCGACAUCCCUCUGGCGCCGCCUCCAACGACCCCGACUCCUCUAGUAAUGACAGACGAAACCCCCGUGACCAACAACCUUCCACUACAGAAAGAGGCCGAUGAUAUUCCCGUCCCCGAACCGACAUUUUCAACAUUCGGCAAGAGUAUCCUUAGAAACUCUGAUCAAGAGCAAAAAAUGAUCCUCGAUGAGGUGCAAGAAGGUACGGAGACUAAAGAGGAGGUUAAGGCGGUGGAAACUGUCAAGGGGGAGGGUACUGUCCUCGACAGCGGUGACGAGGAUUCCGGUAUCGAAAGCAGCUCCAAGGCUACUUUGGAACGGAAAACGCCCAAUGUUUCGUAAUUAGUGCAAAUGUUAGAAGUAGCUUUGUUAUUGUAUGAGUAGAUCCUAUAUUCCCUCACCACUUAUCUGCUGUUCAGAAAGUACAUUUUAUUGAUGGGUGUAAUAUAUGACACAUAAAGAUAUCUAUAAAAUGCUUGCGUUUUAUACGUGUAGUAAAGUUCAGGACAAGUGGUGAGAAAAGUGACUGUCCAAAACGGUCCUCUGGUACGUAGAAUUCAUUUUACCGCGUACGUUAAAGCCGGGGGAACAAUAGGCAAGAACGUUUUAAAAUAUUUUAAUCCUCAUUGUUAGGCUUAAUAAGCUUAGAACGUGCAAUAACUUGCCUGUUAUUCCGACCGCUUAAAUAAUGCCAUUAAGUACUAAAUAAGAUAGUAUUACCAAACUUGUUACUAUUAUACUGUGUUGCUUAUUCGAAAUGAAGGAAUUGUCGUCCGUUAUUAUAAAAAUGUUCCGAGUAAUAGUAACAUAUCGGAUAUUGUAUAAUUUUCUUUUCAUUCAAAACGAGCUGCAUAUAUUUCUCAUUAAAUUUUGUAAAAUUACUCAAUGUACUCUCUCAAUUUCAAGAGAGAAAAGUCCCUUCUAUGGAACUUACACAGGCUGAUUAUUAUCUCUAUAAUGAUAAAAAAAUCCACUUUUCGGGUAAGAAACUACAAACCUGAACACAACUAAGGUACAAAAUAAUCAUAAAGCAGUAUAAAUAAUCGCUUUUCAAUCUCUAUUCGAUGGUCGAUUCUGAGCGUCUCGAUGAAAGUAACUUGAUCGCUGUUUUUACUGUUUAAUACAAUUCUUUGACUGUCGAACAGAAAAUAAUAAAGUAGACUAUGACCACUAUAUCACAAAACCAAUGUGAUAAUGGUGUAAGGAAAAAAAUAUCAUCAAAAGCUUUUUAGUACAGAAAAUGAUAGGCCAAUGUGGCAGACUAUGCACGAAACCAUUAUAGGAGACACAUGCUCAGCUGUAAGACGUAUUAAGGGUUGUUCGAACAUUUUUGUCAAAUCACAUCAAGCAAAAUCGAUCACUUUGAAGAAUUAAUUAAGUGCGAAUUAAUUAAUUAAGUAUAUACGCCUUACAAUGCCGCGAUAUUCAACUUAAUGUAAUAAAGUUAUAGAAGAGGUAGUUUUCCCUUCCAAUACAUUAGAUUAGCGCAUCAAAAUUCGACGACCUUGGUUGCUCAACGGUUUGCACUGUCAACGCUGAUGAAGAAGUCCCAGAUUCGAUUCCGGGUAGAAUCAAUUUGAGAAAUGAACCUUUGUAAAUUGGUUUUGCUCUGGGUGUUCUAGGUAGUGCCCCUGUGAGUGAAUUACUAUCCCCUGGAACUUAGACUACAGGGAAAUCCCUAGUUUGAGACCGGACAGUUGCUGUUGUUUGGCUUAUUAUUAUUAAAAUCGACCGUAAUAAUGAGUGAAUUAAGUACAGAAACGGGUAAUCAAAACAUGUCAAAUUAGUUCCUUAUAGCGCACCAGAAUCGACCACAAUGGAGAAUGAAUUAAGUGCUAUAUAAGUUUUACAAUCCCGCGUUAUUCAGCCUAAUUUUGCUACGUAAUAAACUAAUAUAAUUAUCGUAAAUGGCCUAUCCAAAUUCGUAAUGUGCCCAUUGUAAUUGCUAGUUUUGUCAUACGUAAAGUUUUAACUCUCUCAUACGAUGUAGAUGAUUAUUGAUUAGAGUAUAUUAUAAGGUCUCAUACAUGUUUAUAGAUAGAAAUGUAUUGGUAUAUAUUUAGUCUUGAAAGCGUAACGUAGUAGGGGAAAAAAUGUCGAUGUAACGGGAUUAUGUCGUAUUGGAAUUCCCGUACUGAGGAUCCUUGUAUUUACGAUCCCACUGAUAAUUAAUUAAGGAAUUAAAACUUGUAUGAGACCGUAUCGCAUUAAAUUAUGUUGACGUUACAUCUACGCACAAGUGAAUACGCAUUCUUCCAUCUAUUAACAGCCUCAAUGGAUAUUUAAAAUUCGUAUUUCGGUCUAAAACACGAGGUUAAAGCCAAUUCUUAGGUAAGUAAAAGUUUAUAUUAGAUAAGCGUAGUUCUUAGAUGUAAUCAGUCGUGGCGAUAGAUCGACAUCGCGUACCGUACACUCUGCAACAGAGGUUUUACACGCCACUUUUAUUUCGCAUCGGAACUGAUUCUCAUUUUCUUUUUUACUUGUUUAAAGAUAUUGACUGUUGCCGGGUGUACCCCAUGAAGAGUGCCACUAAAAUUAUGUCAUCAUACAAUACGUCCAAGUGUGAACCUGAUGUGCAAUUCUUCUCAUUUCCAUAUCAUCGCGUUUUAGUUGUUUAAUUACUGCUGUAAAUAUAAUUUAAUGUUAUCGAAGAAAAAUUUUGAAUAUGAAAAUUUAUUGAUUGUAUUAAUUGUACUACGUGUUUAUUGUUCUGAUCUUUCUUUAUAUGGUUUUAGAUUUUUUUUGUUAAUGUACAGUUGUAAAUACGCGGUAGGUGUUCAUUUUGUUAACAUACCGGGAGAGGGCGGAUAUUAUUCGGCUAGGUUUUGUGUUGCUAUCAAUGAUUUUUGUACAAUUUUAAGUUUGCGAAAUCUCGCCUACCAUAUGAAUUAGUAUACUUUACUCUUAUACACAGAAAAAUGAGGAAUUACUCGAAUGAAUUGUCCAUUAUUAUAGUAUUUAUUGUUUGUAAGCUGUUAUUGGUUUGUAUGAGGUGUCGGCAGUAUUGUGAAUGUGAACGCAUUGGAAGUCUUUUCAUAUUGCGACUUUGUCGAGUCUUUUAAAAGUAUUUCUAUGAAACAAAAAAAUAAUUAAUAAAACU